GAAGUAUAUAUAAAGCUAAUUCAAAUUUAAAAAGGUGUGUGAUGAGAUUUUCACAAAAGUUUUAAAGCAUAUGGUGUUUCACAUGGCCAACUUAAACUCCCCAAAAGAAAAUGCAUUGAUAGUUGUCGCCUUAGAUUUUGGAACAACGUAUUCAGGAUGGGCAUAUUCAGUACGGCAUGAUUUUAAAGAAAAUCGCUCUGACAUUAAGACAAAAGGAGGCUGGAAAUCUGGAGACGGAUUAGUUACAGACAAAACACCAACAGUAGUUUUAUUCACUCAUGAGAACAAGUUUCACAGCUUUGGGUAUAAUGCAGAAAGUAAAUAUGCAGAAUUGGUUGACGACAACAAAGCCUCUGGAUGGAAAUAUUUUAAAAGAUUCAAGAUGACUUUGUUUUCUGAUGAAACUAGCCAGGUAAGACGAAAAAUUUCACGAAGACGGAUGAUGAACGAUGUCAAUGGUCAAAAACUACAAUCAUUAAUGGUCGUUUCAGAAUGUCUUAGGUUCUUAAGAAAUGAUUUCCUUAAAAUUUUGCAUGAAAAUGUGAAUUUUGUUGAGCUGAAAGACAUACACUGGGUUUUGACUGUUCCAGCUAUCUGGUCCGAUCAGGCUAAACAGUUCAUGAGACAGGCAGCCAAUCAGGCAGGAAUUGAAGACGAUUUAUUAUCAUUGGCUUAUGAACCCGAAGCAGCUGCGAUCUACUGUAAAGAUAUAACGUUACAGAAAAAGAUUGUCGGAAACAAUGCUUGUUUGUCAACAUUUGAUUCUGGACACCAGUUUCUUGUUCUAGAUUGUGGAGGAGGCACAGUUGACAUCACAGCAUAUGAAGUUCAGACAAAGGAUCAGCUAAUUGAACUGUGUCCACCAUCUGGAGGACCGUGGGGUGGAGCAGAAGUAGAUAUACAGUUUUUGAAUAUUGUAAGAAAAAUUUUCGGCAAAGAUGUGUGGUGCGAAUUUGAAAAAUCCAAUAUGCGUGAUUGUCUUGAUAUACUUCGAAUGUUUGAAAGCCGUAAGAAAAUCAUUGGUUCAAAUAACGAAGACACCACACGACUUUUGUUUCCGAGAGAUUUAUUUGAUAAAUAUAAGGAGACUACAGGAAGAGAAUUUCAGUCUUCAUUAGGUAUUACUAGAACAAGAGAUAAGUUAAUAUUUCCGAUGGAUGUAUUGGAAAAUCUGUUUAGUAAAACUUUCAAUGCAAUUAUUGUACAUGUAAGAGAACUGCUCCAAAAACCAGAACUUCAACACAUUAGAACGAUACUUAUGGUUGGUGGUUUUUCCGAUUCUGAACUAUUAUACCAACGGAUUAAAUCGGAGUUUACGGAAAUUAAUGUUUUGCGUCCUCAUGACGCCGUGUCAUCCGUUUUAAAAGGCGCAGUCAUUUUUGGUCAUACUCCAGAAGUGAUACCCGAAAGAAUUUGCGCAAGAACUUAUGGAAUUGCCUGUAAUUUUCCCUUUGACGCACAAACACAUCCACCAGAAUUGCGGCAAGUGUAUGAUGACAGGGAAAUGUGUACGGACAUCUUCCAACCAAUUGUGAAGAAAGGAGAUACAAUAAUUUUAGGCAAAAGUUGCUUUGAACGUCAAUUUCUUCCAACGUGUUCUAAUGACGAUACUGCAAAUAUUGAUAUCUUCGUUUCACCUGACUCUAAUCCGAAAUACACAUAUAGCGGACGAGGGGACAAUGUAAAAAAAUUGGGUUCCCUCCAUUUGAAUAUUUCUGACACAAAAAAAGGUAAAAACAGGCCUAUUAAUGUCAGAAUCACUUAUGAAAGCACUGAAAUUGUUGUAACAGCUGUGGAAGAGGGAACAAACAAUGUUGUCAGUAAAAAGUUUGAUUCAUUAGUGUAAAUCAGGAAUUCAGAUUGAAAUUGUUUGUGAUUAUUGUGUAAAAAGAGAUUUACUACAAUUAUGCUAUAUUUAAUCAUUUCUGUGAUAUCAGCCUACUGAUUUCAAUGUUGAAUAUAUUUUUAUAUAUCA